UAUUUGGCUUCUGGGUGGUUUGUUUUGUUUUGGCUUGCCCUGUUUUAUUCGGGGGACUAUGCUCUGUUUUCUCGUUUCCAUGUCUCAACCAAGCAAUUUCAAAUGGUGGGUGGUAACAAUCCAGGGAAGUACAAUGACUCAACAUUUACAAAAAUAUUUGUUGGUGGAUUGGCUUGGGAAACUCAAGGGGAUAAUACCAUGGGGCGUUAUUUUGAGCAAUUUGGAGAGAUUCUUGAGGCUGUUGUUAUCACCGAUAAGAAUAGCGGGAAAUCCAAGGGUUAUGGCUUUGUUACUUUUAAAGAUCCAGAUGUAGCUUUAAGAGCUUGCCAAAACCCUUCACCUAUCAUCGAUGGAAGAAGGGAAAACUGCAAUCUUGCUUCAUUGGGUGCUCAAAAGACCAGUCCACCAACUCCUCAACAUGAUCAUGAGUCAAAUGCUGGGGUUGGACGGUUUAGAUCAGCACCUGGUUAUCAUGGUUCUUCAUCUACUUAUAUCCAACAACCUUCUGGUCAAUAUUUAAUCCCUUACUCUUCAUAUGGAUACACUGCAUAUUCACGAGACAGCGUUUAUCUUUUGAACUAUUAUAAUCUCUAUGGAGGCCAGUACUUUUCACCCUAUUACACUAUGGGGGCAUCGAUGACACCGAGGAUGUUUCAUAAUGUUUAUCCAAUUUGUCCACAAAUGGUACCAUAUCCAUAUUUGCCUCAACAGCAUAGCUCGGGAGUCGUAUCACUUCCGUAUUCAAUGCCUAUGACAGCAACUACUGCAGGUAGUGCACCAGCAGCGGCGGUGGCGACGACAACAACGACAACAGCAGCUAUUGAGAUGGGGGAAAGGAUCCAGGUCCUUCACGAGUUUCCGAGAAACCUACUGAAAAGAAACCAUCAAGUUAAUCCAUGUUGAGGUAGACACUGUCUUUUACUCUGAUAUCUU